AACGCCAUCUUUUUUCGUAUAAAUCACCCGACCAAUGUGUUAAAAAAUUUUCUGUCAAAGUCGAUAAUAUAUUUCGCGAUCAACGAUUUGCCGAUAAUUGGACGGUACGCGCUCGAUGCAAAACCCUAGGCACUAUGCAAUAUCAACUGGCAGGCGUCUGCUCUGCGCAGUGCGCUUGAGAAUCGGCUUUGGUUCUGCCACCGAAGAACGUUGCGUCCAUCGUGCUGCAAUUCACUACUCGCGUAAUAAAAAACAUGAAACGAAUGUUUCGGCGCUGUUUAAGCCGGUCCAGGUCCAGGCCAAUAUCGAUGACGAGGAUGUGGGAUCCGAGCUAGUUGGCAAGCUUGAAAAGUCUGAGCUGUUGAAGAUUCUAAACAAAUUCGCACAACGUCGUGAAAUCAAAGCCCUGUGUAGUGAAAAUGGGUUGGAUUCCUACCUACAGCAACAGGCCUUUGGCUCUUUUCGUCGUUUCUGCAUUGAGGCUGAAAAUCUGCCGGCUGAUGUGCAUAUUAUUUUCAGCGACAUAAUGCAUGGUGCCGGCCACAUAGACGACAUAUUUCCCUACUUCUUGCGUCAUGCCAAGACUGUUUUUCCUCAUCUAGACUGUAUGGACGAUUUGAAAAAGAUAUCAGAUUUGCGUCAGCCGGCCAAUUGGUAUAGCAAUGCCCGUGCCAUUACACGUAAGAUCGUCUUCCAUGCUGGACCCACAAACUCUGGCAAGACAUAUCAUGCCAUGGAGAGAUAUUUGGGUGCCAAAACGGGUGUCUAUUGUGGACCACUUAAGCUGCUCGCCACGGAGGUAUAUAACAAGGCCAAUGAGCGUGGCACACCCUGUGAUCUUGUCACUGGUGAAGAACGUAAAUUUGGCAUCAGCGAGAACUCACCAGCAAACCAUGUGGCAUGCACCGUUGAAAUGACCUCCGUGAAUACACCUUAUGAGGUGGCGGUUAUCGAUGAGAUACAACAGAUACGUGACCCACAGCGUGGCUGGGCUUGGACACGAGCAUUUCUAGGACUGAUUGCUGAUGAGGUACAUGUCUGUGGUGAGGCGGGCGCUCUGGAGUUGCUAGAAAAAAUUUGCGAAACUACAGGUGAAACGGUAGAGGUGCGUCGCUAUGAUCGCCUCACGGAGCUAACUGUGGAAAGAUCAGCGCUAGGUUCUUUGGACAAUGUUAUGCCUGGAGAUUGUAUUGUUUGCUUCAGUAAACAUGAUAUCUAUACGGUUUCGAGAGAAAUUGAAGCGCGAGGCAAAGAAGUCGCUGUUAUCUAUGGUGGAUUGCCACCGGGCACGAAACUUGCUCAGGCUGCUAAGUUUAAUGAUCCAGAGAAUAGUUGUAAAGUAAUGGUGGCCACUGAUGCUAUUGGCAUGGGCUUAAAUCUGAGCAUUCGUCGCAUUAUAUUCUACUCUUUGGUCAAACCGACAAUGAAUGAGCGAGGCGAACGUGAAAUCGACACAAUUUCUGUGUCUUCAGCUCUCCAAAUAGCCGGACGUGCUGGUCGCUAUCGGACUCAAUGGGAGCACGGCUAUGUAACAGCCUUUAAGGCUGAAGAUCUGCAAACCCUUCAACGUAUACUUAAUCAAACGCCGGAGCCUUUAAAGCAGGCAGGCCUUCAUCCCACCGCUGAUCAAAUAGAGCUUUACGCUUACCACCUGCCGAACUCAACGCUAAGCAAUUUAAUGGAUAUUUUUGUGAAUCUCUGCACUGUAGAUGAUUCCUUAUAUUUUAUGUGCAAUAUUGAGGACUUCAAAUUUCUUGCCGAGAUGAUACAGCAUGUUCCUCUGCCAUUGCGCGCACGCUAUGUAUUCUGUUGUGCGCCCAUCAACCGUAAGAUGCCUUUUGUGUGUUCAAUGUUUCUGAAGAUAGCUCGGCAAUAUAGCCGCAACGAACCGAUUACAUUUGAUUUUAUCAAAAGAAACUGUGGCUGGCCCUUUAAGCUGCCCAAGACUAUACUGGAUCUGGUCCAUCUGGAAUCCGUGUUCGAUGUUAUGGACUUAUAUCUGUGGCUAAGCUAUCGAUUUGUGGAUCUGUUUCCCGAGGCGGCAAACGUGCGCGAAGCUCAGAAAGAACUGGAUGAGAUCAUACAGCAGGGGGUCUUUCAAAUAACUCGGCUGUUGAAAAACACAGAGGCAGGACAGGAUGGCGAAAUACCAAACUACACUAUGCGUCGUGUUACACAAAUCAAGGAGCCGCGCUUGCCGAGCUCAUCCCGUGGGCGCCUAACGGAAAGACUGUUAGCUCAGGGACUACUAACACCUGGCAUGCUGAGCGAACUGCGUAAGGAGUGGGAUGCACAGCACCAUUCACAGCCACAAGCAGCGUCAAGCGUUAAAGACUCUCAGGAGUGUUACACAGACAGCGACGAUGAUGAUAAUUGUACAGCAAACUCUAAAAAGACGCGGCGAAAACGCAGAAAGUAGUAGAUGGACAUUGUUAAAGUAAUAUGGAGCCAUAAGCCCCAAGUAGCUGUUGUUAUGUUAUCAUUUUAUUUUAAGUCACAAUUAUGUAAUAUUAAAAUUAUUUUUUAAUAAUCAACAAUGACAAUUUAAUUGCUUCAAAUUGAAAAAUAGAAAUUUGUAAUCUAUUCCAGGAAAAUCCAAUCACUUCAUUCAUUGUUUUAUGGAGGGAGUUUCUACAAAGAGGCUGAAGUACUUUACAAAUAAACAUCAAUUUAUUUGCAUGACUUUCCACUGAUGUAUCAUAAUAAUUGUUUAAAGUUAGAUGCACACAUAGAAGCUUGUAUAAUAAAUAUGUUUUUAUAAAAAUGACUUGACAAGAUUUAAAUAUUCUUUAUGUGUACCAACUUCAUUGGUUCUUCCUCAACUGUACUUAGCCCUCCAAACUUAUCUAUGUAUUAUUUCGAUUAACUUUUAAUAUCGCAAAGUUCAGUAACAACGAGCACAUAUUCAUAUUGAAUUUGUGAUUAUAAAAUAUUGGACAUCGAAAACAUAGAGAUUUUUAAAAAGAUACAAAUAUAUGUAAUAAAAUAUUUAAACUAUCUUUUAAGGUUUUUAGGUUCUUGCAUAUGAGCAUUUGUUGUACAUAGUUUAAUACUUGCUUUGACAAUUAAAAAAUCAAUUUAGUACCGACAUUUAUUAAAGCUUUCAAUUUUCUAUCUGUAAUUACAUGGUUCGAGCCCGACCCAUGUAAUCAAGGUAAAUGCCUUCCGAGCAGCCCGAUAGUAAAUAUGCCUCACUUAACUCUUUGGUUAUUAGUACAUAGAAUUAGUUCUUUGCUAUUUUCAACAUUUAAUGUUGUUUUUAUAAAU